AUGAGAUUGAAUCCCUCGCAUCCCUUGGUCUCAAUCAAAGCGGCUAAGCGCCUAACUCAUUCCCUACUAUAUUCUUACAGUUCACUAUGCCGUUUAAUAUUCAUCAUUACAUUAUCUGAAGUGUGA